AUGUCUGGAACCACCACAUCUACGGCGGCUAGGCCCGCUUCCAUUGCCUCGCCGCCGCUACCCACAUCUCAGCUGACAUACACCAUUCUUGCGAAGCAGACGUUCCCACAAAGCACUUCCCCUCGACUGUCCUUCUCCUCAAAUCGCUCCCCUACAAUAACUACUACCUCCUCGGGGGCUCCUAUCCUUCCAUACCAAUCGCAGCCGUUAAAGAAAACCAUAUCGACCCAAGCGGAAAACGGGUCUUUGCACAGCGGAAGCGGCCGCAGUAUCGCCAGUGCGAUUGUCGUGUCUGAUGGUGUCUCCACUGGUCCUGUCCUAACUGGUGCUUGCAGUCCAGGCUACUCUAAGAAAGUCGCGUAUAACUAUCCAGUAACUUCACAGCCGUUACACUCAAUGGCAAAAGCCAUGGAGAGACCCAUAACCAAUUCGGCUCCUACCCAAUCGAGUAACCCCACUCAAACCUCUGAAAAGCAUACCAUUCAGUCAUCUAAAAGUCCAGUUUCAACUUAUAAACCGUUGCAGCCCUUUUCUCAAAGUCAGAAGCUCCACGGGUUAUCGCAAACCCCGUUUGCCACCCCUCAAAUCUCCCCAAACCCGGUGUCGAUCCUGAACAAAGUUUCUAACGUCGCCAUUCGCCCCAACCCUAAGGCUGGAAGUAAGAAGACGAAUCCAAAGAAGGCCCAAGCUCCCGUUCAGCCUGCAACCCCCACGGAUCAGGAACUCAAACAGACGCUACUCGUGAAAAUCAAAGAGAACGAGAACCUCAAAAAGCUCAUCGAUAACAUGAAGGUGGAAAUCACCAAGUUGAAAACCGUCCAACGGGUACAAUACUCAAAAUACCCCGUAAACGCCGAUACCACCGCACUUGCAGUAGGGGUCGACCCCGGAAGCAUCAAAAUGGGACGCGCCCAAAGCAUAUCCAACCAUCUCCCUGACCACCAGUACCCUCAUCUCCAUUCGAAUCCCGCCCGCUCCCCUGCCAGCUUCUCGGAAGAUGGUUCAGAUGAGGACGGCUCGGAAGAGGAUCUAGCAGCGGGGUACCGCAGUCUUAUCGGCGAACGAGACCUCCUGCCAUCUCCAGUUGUCAGUUCUAUGGAUACUCACGUUUUGCCUCCUUCCUCGUGGCUCGAUGCGGAGUCCUACGGCGACUCCAGUUUUGAGGUUGACUAUAGUGUCGACGACUUGCGUUUGAAGAGGUCCAAGACCAGUAGCAGCGCCAGUAGCUUAAUGACGGUCACUGGUCUCAUGCGCAAGAGUCUUGUAAGCACCCAGGAGUCGACUCUGUCAGGAAAGACCUUCAAGCGGUUUUCGAUGAAACGAACAGGGACGGAGCCGCUCUACGUGAGUGAGCGCAAAAUCUUUGAGCAGUGUGGCUUCUGUGAUGUGGACUCUCCUUGUCUUUGCUUAGAAGCAGAGUUGGAAAUGGAGGACUUGCUAUCUGGUGGUCAGGGUGGGAAACUUCUCGGUGUCACGAUCCGAAAAUGUGAGAGACUGGAUCUGUGGGACAGUGCCAGAGUCAAAAUCGAACUGAGUGGCUUUUCUCCAGGAGCUGAUUUUGAUAGUGAUGUUACGAUGGAAUGA